UGAUGAUGAAACUAAACCACCAAAACAUAAGAGAUUAAAGGUAACCUGAAGUGCAUUAUCAAAUUUGUUUAAAAUAAUCAUAUAAGCAUUUGGUGAGUUCUUUAUUGGUGUAUUAAUAGAAAUUACAUUUUUUUUCCUAUUUUUAAAUGUUUAUGGCAUUUGUACAUUUGCUUUGAUUUAGCUUGCUUCUCACAAAUACAUCAAAACACUUUUUCGUCAAUUACAAUGCAGAGUACUUCCAUAUUUGUCAAUAACUUUCAUAAUUUUAUAUUGUAUGCUAGUAUAUAAUGGUAUCUUACGGUAUUGGUUUGUGUUUGAACUUCUGAAAAUUAUAGUUGUAUUUUACAAAAAAGUUUUGCUUGAAAUCAACAGCCAGUCUUUUCAGGAAGUGAGGAAGAUGAAAAUGCCACUAAUGAUUCCAAUGGGUCUCGCUUAGUUUUAACUGGCAGUGAAAAUGAGGAGUCUGAAGAGGAAGCAGAUCGAGAGGCAGACACAGAUUUAGAAGAGGCAUCCAGUGAUUCUGAAGUAAAACCCAAAUUUACUGGGUUUAAACAGAAGAAGAAAGGGUAGGCUUGCAUUGAUGAGCUAUUUACCUGGUUAUUUAUGAUAAAUUAUAUAUAUAUAUAUAUAAUGUACUUUGAAAAGGCUAUUGAUAAUGAAUUGUGGGAAAUUUAAGCAUUAAACAUGUCAGAGAAACUACAAAAACUGAUCAGUUUGGAAAGGAGUGCAAAUGAUAGCUGCCUGGAGACCUGCAUAUAUCUUUUAUCGCAAAAAUUUGAAGAAAGAAAUUAUCUUAAAAACUCAAGAUUCCAUUAUCACUGUUCAGAUUUACUUGUAACACGGUUAUACCUUUCUGAUAUCCUUGGCCGAUUAAUCUGUCAAGAAAAGAAAGCAAACAUAAUCCACAAAAAGGUUGAUCUGGUCGAUUACAGAUUAACCAUUGCAACCCUAUUGGAAGUACAAUACAUUAUUUACUUUAUACUUUAUUUAUCUGACAUUAGUUGCAUAGUUGAGAGUUUUAUACUAUCCAAAUAGAUAAGAAUAGAUAUUUACUUUAAUUAAACGACCUUAGUAAUUUCUAAAAAAAUAGCGAGCUUGAAUAAUAAUUAUAUUUCAAUCUACGUAUUCAUUUUCAGAAUAAGGGGAGAGUUUUUGGAAGAGGAGGCUGAACUGUCAGGUAAUUUUUCAAAGGGGAAAAUACAUCUUAUUUUCAACAUGAUUGUUACUUUAUUUACUAAGUUUGUGAUUGUCUUAUUAUCAUUUAUUCCAUAAGUGAAAUAACCAAUAUAUUGUAACCACGUAGAUCAUUUACAUUGCAAACAAUGUGAUAAUGUCUUGUAACCCUCUUUUUCAGGAAGUGAAUUUGAUAGCGAUGAAAACCUUGACCUUGAUGAGGAGGAUGACAUUUUAGAAGAAGAAGAAGGAGAUAAAGAGAUGGCAGGAGUUUCUGAGGAAAUGCUUAGGGAGGAAGUGGGCAGGGUUCAUAUGUAAGUGUUUUAUUUUUUUAUUCUUUUUUAUUUUUUUGGGGGCCGGGUAAAAAAAAAAAAUAAAGGUGCCACAAUUGCAUGUCAGCAUUUACGGAAUGUAUUUAGUUAGGCUAUGCCAGUGGUUUUUUAAUUUUUUGGUGCCCAUGCUAAAAUAAAUUUAAACUGGUUUAGAGAACACCUCUAUAACAUAAAUAAACAAGCUCUCUGUCCGGUCUCCAAACAUUUCAAUAGCACUAACUAUGAUGGAAUUUUAGACAUCGCCGUUACUGGUAUACUGUAUACUAGUAACACACCGUAUAGGAUCUAUAUGGAGAAUAAAUUGAUAACAAGAUUUGGUACGUUGACUCCAUACAGGAUAAACCAAAUCCACAAUUUUACGUAGCUGCCAUGUCUUUUUCCUGUUUGGUUUUUUACAUUUCACUUCAAAUCACUUCCUUUCCAUUCUUCUUUACUUUAUUUCUGUCUGGUUUUUGCGCCCACUCUUAUUUUUUUCUAUUUUCUUCUCUUUUUUUGGUAGGAUAAAUAUAUGUAUUAUGUAAAUUUAAUUUAUUCUUAUAUAAAUGUUUUGUUGUUAUACAGAUGAAGGCAUGUGUCGAAACGUUUAUUUGUGUAUUAUGUAAAAUUAUUAUUAAAGCUUAACAUAUAUUGGUAAUUAUAUUGACGCAAAUUGUUUGUGUCUCAUUAAUCAAUAUUUGAUGCAUGCUCACUCCUUAGGAAGCGCCUUCAAGAUGAUGAUGACAAACAGGUGAUGUUUUUCAAGGAAAUGUACCUACAAGAUGGUGAUCUAUACUCUGAAGGUGGAGGUCGCAUGAGGAAUUUUAGAUGGAAAGAUAAUGCUGGUAAGCAUUGGAAGGAUGUGUUCUGGGGUUUGAACAACUCACAGUAGUUCUGUUCAUAUUUAAACUAAGUUAUGAGUUUAUUUAAACCAAGAAGAAUGGUGUGAUUGUAAUUUCAUUUAUGAGAUGUUUGUUAAAACAUUUUUAACAAAUAAUAAUUCUUUUGAUGAUGAUAUUCCGUUCUGUUAACAAUCUGUGGAUAUAUAGAUUGGGGCAGAAUGUUGAUAAAUUUAUGCUAAAAAAAUUCCCUUUUGAUAACAUCAAUUUGAAAUUUAAUAAUUAGAUGCUGCCAUUGAAUUUUUAAAAAUAAAGUAGAACUCUGAUUUCCCAAACUAAUUGGGACUGGAUUGUUUCAGAUAACCAAACACUCCCACAGUCAGGUUGCAUUCAUUAAGGAAGUUAGUGUAUAGUAUGCAAUUUAUUCUUACCGUAUGGUUAUCACAUAUGGUGAUUUAUUGACAGAAUAUUAACCAUAGCACUUAUUGAUGUAAAAACUGGUUAAGACUUAAAUAUAUUUUUUUGUAAAAAAGGUUGUAGUUGUAUCCAAAAAUAGAUGACCGCCCCUAGAUAAAAAUCAGGUCACUUGAUAUUAACAGGCAUGCAUUAUGUGAUAUACCAUAUUGUUCAGUGUGUAGGCAACACUCUUCCCCCCUCCUCAUGAAAGUCUUUAAAUUAGAGGUGCCGCCUAAAAUUGGGAUGUUGCAAAAAAAAGUUUUUAGUCAUUUAAAAAACAACAUUAAAAAAAACAGCACCAAUUUUUAAGAAUUACAAUAUUCCAAACAAAAUGUUAUAUUAAUUUACCCGGAUUGUGGACGGGUCGAUGUCAUUCAAAUUGUGUGCCAUAAUGGUACAAGAUAUAGGUAGUUCUGAUAACAAAUGUUCAAAUUAAUCGGCAUUUGGAAAAUGCAUGGUCUGCUAUUUUUUAUUACCAUUUUGUCUUCCUGUUUUUUCCACAAUUGAAAGUAGUGUCAAAAUAUAUUCUUUUUUUUUUAAUGUUCUUGCAGAUCCCAAUUCACAAAAAGACAUGUUUACCCAAGAGUAUGAUGAUGAACAAGCUGAAGAUGAUGCCGAGGAUUUGCGGUGGAGGAAAGAUCGCUAUGAAAGAGAGAAAUUUCUUGAGGAAGCUGUAAGUAUUGUGAAUGUGUCAACUGGUGGAUGGCAAUAAUUUUGUAAUUAUUUAUUAUUUUAAAAGUGGGGGGUAUAAAGCUUUCAAUGAUUUUUUUUUGUAACAAUGAACUCAUCUUUUGAGUUAACCACUUCGCUACCGAUGACGUCGACGCAACGUCACGGUCACCCACUUUCAAUUACCAAGGACUUCACAUUGUCGUCAUAACAAAAAGUUAAAGAGCUAUUCUUAAAUACCAAGGACGUCACAUUUCAAUGCUAUAUAUUUUCCUUAAUCGUUAAUCUAUAUAGAAGUAAAAAAGCAAAUCGGAUAGAGAAUGAAAUAUACCGAACAUUUCGUCUUUUUAAAAAAAAUAUAUAUUGCUGGGUCAGCAAAAAUCUAUGCCCAAAACCCAGCUGUAACGAAGGGGUUAAUUUGUAAUGAAAUUUAUUGCAGAUAUAAUAAUCUAUCAGGGUUUCCAUCAGGCGUUAAUUCCAUCUGAUGAUAAAAAUACAAAAUGGUUAGUUACCGGUACAAAAAACUUGUUACAUUUUUCACUGGAAAUAGAAAUUAUUUAAUUUUUUUAAAUCAAAACUUUCUAACAUUUCAGAGAAUUUUAUAACUAAAAAUGAGUUUUAUUUAUUUAAUUUAUUUUAUAGGAUUGAUUUAGCAGUAAUUCUUCAGAUGUAGGAUCAGAUUAGGUUUGAUAAUUUUAGAACUAAUAGUGGUUGGCAUACAGCCAUUUUGAACACUUGAAUUUUAAGUAAUCCAUGAAUUUUGAUUUUAAAAAGACUACAUUUAUCUUGACAGGAAUCAGAGCAAAGUGAAGAAAAUAGCCAGCUUCUCAAACUGGGCUCUGUUUAUUUGAAGAAAAGAGGUAGGUCAGUUAAUGUGACUGAAAAAAAAUAAUUUUCUUCUAGCUAUAUGAAUGAUCAACGUUUUUCACCAUAUUAUAUAUAUUUUAAGUACAACUUUUCUUUCCCUUAAUUUAAUAGACUGGCUGAAUUUUUUUUUCUUUAAAGAAUUUUAGAAGCCCCUUAAUAAGUUUUUUCCUGAUUACUUUGGGUCUAGAGUCAAGCACUACUUCAAGAGAAUCAUUGCCCACUGCAAAAGAUAAAAUGUUGCCACCAGAGUCUCCUAAAUUUAAGGUAACAGUUCUUUGUUGUUGUUUUUUUCAACUAGGUGAUCAAGAAAUUAAUCAAAAUUAUUUCUUUACUUGCAAUUUUAAUGUUUAUUUCGUUCUAUAAAUCUUUUAAUUUUUUUAUACAUGUUAAGUAUAAGGUUUGUAACUAUUGUUUUAAAAAUAUAACUAGAUAAUUUCAUCUGUUGCACUUUUCACUUUCUCAAAUUUUGAAAAAUCUCUAAUAAAAAAUUUCAGUUACCCAAAAAAGGUUCUUUCCUGUCUCGAAAAGAUGACACUUUGAUUAAAAUUGCCCAAGUUACAAAAUCAGCAGGAGGCACAGGGAGGAACUCAAGAAACUUUAUAUUCCAAUCUGUAGACCAGCAGGAGUUACAUGGUGAAGAUGUCAAUGAUAAUGUAAGUUUCAAUAUUCUGAACUUGGUUUUAAAUUUCCAUUAACACAACUGUUACUAGAAACUCUUGUAAGAUUAAGUUUUGGUACAAACAAUACUUGAUAUUAUAUUUACAGAAUUAACAUUUAAAUUUUAAACUUUCUUUUGAUGAAAUUUGCAGACUCAUUCUACAGUACCCCCAAAGCGCAAGGCUCAUAGUGCCACUCAAAUUGAGCAAGCAGCAAAGAAACCUAAACUGUCUGAAACCACAUCAAAUCGCCCUCUUGUUAAGCGAAGGGAUAGCAUCUUCAAUUUACUUGAUUAG